AUGACUUCUCAAACCCCCUUCCUUCUGACUGGCGUUACCGGCGGACUAGGAGCAAAGAUCCUCGAAGACAUGCUCAAUGUCCACAAAAUCGACCCUUCGAAGAUAAUUGCGACCUCAAGAUCCGACAGCAAUCGGUCCAAAUACGAAUCUCGAGGUCUACACUUCCGUGUCGCAGACUACAAAGACCCCUCAACUCUCGACUCAGCGUUCAAGAACGUCAAGGAGUUAUUAUUCAUGUCCUCCUCCGAACGCGACAACACAACCCGCAACCGCGAACAUCUCAACGUGAUCGAAGCCGCGAAGAAGAACGGCGUCGGGCGAGUCUGGUAUGUCUCGCUGGCCUUCGGCGGCUGGACGGAUUCCUCCAAAAUCGGUUUCCAGCAGGCCCACUACGAGACGGAGAGGUUGCUCGCGCAGUCUGGAUUGGAAUUUGUGAAUCUCAGGGCGGGCAUCUACAGUGAUGCGUUUCCGCUGUUUUUGAACUGGUACCCCGAGAGUGAGAGGGUUUUGUUUCCGGAUGUGGAUCCGCCGGUUGAGAGGGGACAGAUUGCGUUUACGACGAGGGAUGAAUUGGGCGAGGGGAUGGCGACGUUGUUGGUUAAGGGGUUUGGGGCCUUCCCGAGCAUCACGCCCAAGACGGAAAAGAAGAUCGUCCUCCUAACCUCGCAAUCCACAGACUCCAUGGUCGACCUCGUCGCCGCCAUCGACAAGGCACGUCCCAGCAAGCCAAAACUCCCCAUCGAAUACCUCUCCCCGCAAGACUGGAUCGCUACCUCGGCAGAUGGUGACAUCGGAGGAAAGGGUACGCCCUGGUUCCAGGCGAGACUGGUCUUUGUGGAGGGUGUUUGUAAGGGGGACGCGGAGGUCAUUGAUCCGGCGCUGGAGGUGCUUUUGGGUAGGAAGCCGGAGACUGGUGUACAGGCUGUGGAGAGGCUUGUUAGAGAGGCGGGUGGGGAGUAUAGAUGGCAUCAGAAUCAUAUUAAUGGGGAUUGGAGUGGGUUGAGGGCUGGGAAAUAG